CAGUAAAAAACCCUAAUCGGCGAAUCUCGCACAAAUACAAUCUUCCUUCUUCGCAUCCCCCACUGCCCUUCUUCUCCUUCCCCUUCCUUCAACUUCUACGUUGCGCCGCCGCCUUUCUCCCGGAGACAGACUAAGUCCGCCGCCGCCCGCUGGAACAUCCGCAGAACAAGCAAGGAUGUUGACCAAAUAAUUAAACUGAAAUCAGGGCUUCCGGAAGGAAAAGCCGGGAGCAGAAGAUACCUAGAAAUUGGUACUCUGGGGUCGGAUUCCCACCUGCUGGAAUAUCAAUGUCGAGAUUAUGUUUUGUUUCUGUACUAUUAUUUGUGUCAAUUCUUGCGGCGUGCGGGUUCAAUGGAGCUUCUGGAUCCCGGAAAUCAGAAAUGGCGUAUGUCACACUUCUGUAUGGUGAUGAAUUCCUUUUGGGUGUAAGAGUUUUGGGGAAGUCAAUUCGUGACACGGGUUCUACCAAGGAUAUGGUUGCUUUGGUCUCUGAUGGCGUUUCUGAUUAUGCCAAAGAGCUGCUUCAGGCUGAUGGCUGGAUCGUGAAGACAAUAAGUCUACUGGAAAAUCCCAAUCAAUUGCACCCAACGAGGUUUUGGGGUGUCUAUACAAAACUUAAAAUAUUCAACAUGACUGAGUACAAAAAAGUGUUAUAUCUUGAUGCUGAUACAAUUGUGGUUAAGAGCGUUGAAGACCUUUUCAAGUGUCAGAAAUUUUGUGCAAACUUAAAACAUUCGGAAAGAUUGAAUUCUGGAGUCAUGGUAGUUGAACCAUCAGGGGAAAUGUUCAAGGACAUGCUGAGCAAAGUGACCACCAUGUAUUCUUAUACCGGAGGUGACCAAGGGUUUCUGAACUCCUAUUUUCCUGACUUUGCAAAUGCCCGGGUUUUUGACCCGCGUAUAUCUCAGGAGGAACUGAAAUCCCGACCCACACCCCGGAUGGAGAGACUUUCCACAUUGUAUAAUGCAGAUGUUGGCCUUUACAUGCUUGCAAACAAGUGGAUGGUUAAUGAUGAAGAUCUCUGUGUUAUUCAUUAUACACUCGGUCCUCUUAAACCGUGGGAUUGGUGGACGCAUUGGCUUGUUAAGCCUGUUGAUGCCUGGCAGAAAGUCAGGGUAAAGCUCGAAGAGACCCUUCCAGGAACUGGAGGUGGUCAAAAUCCUAAUGAUCAACUGCUAGUGACAUUUCUUGUGCUGCUUCCAUUUGCAAUCUUCAUUUUCUGUUACUAUCGUUCAUGCUUGCAGACCAGACCACUUCUUGACCAUAUUAGAAACAUCUAUUACAAGUUGAGAUCGGGAGGUGGUUUUGGUUACUCUUCUGUAACUUCCUCUACCAUCAUAUCUACUCAACAGCUUCCUCAUGUAGCACUGAACAAGGUGCCUGCAUAUCUUGGUGUAAUGUCUGUGGUCUUCUGUUUCACGGCUCUUGUGGUUUCCCUGGCACUGUCUUUUCUGAUUGUGCCCCGCCAAGUUAUGCCAUGGACUGGUUUUUUACUUGUAUAUGAGUGGACAUUCACACUGUUUUUCCUAUUGUUUGGAGCUUAUCUUCAUGCAAUUUAUCAAUGGGGAAAGCGCAUGUCCAAUCAAGCGCCAUCUUUUCCGGCAAAUCCUGAAUCUUUGGAUAAUGAAUCUGAAAAAGGUCAUCUUCGACAAAUGUCUGCUUGUGAUGCAGCUGCUUGUUAUUAUGGGUUGGGGAUGGUAUCUCUUGCCUUGGCAGUGCCUUUGUUACCCUGUCUUUUGGGGAUCACAGCACUUUUUGUGAGGUUAGGUUUGAUGGUAGCGGAAGGGCUUAUCUUGGUAUCUUUCAUGACUUACGCAUCCGAGCAUCUCUCAAUACGAGCAUUUCUGAGGGGCUAUGAAGACAAGGAAUCACAACGGCCCCGAAACCUUGGUUCUUUCUGAUCGAACUUGCUCCAGUUUUGUGUUGUAAGUUAAUUAAAUCAGCAUCAACAUGUCAAGUUUUAAUUUUGAUCAUAAUUAUUACAUACAUGAUUUAUUGAAAUGUUGCUUGAAUUUUUGUUUUGGACUAGAUGGACAAUCAAUCAGUCUACCACGAUGUUUGGAACUAGUAUUUGUUUGCAAUUCAAUGUGUGAAAUAGCAUGAUGCAGCACUUCACUUGUGUAAAAA